GUACGAGAUGCGGUGGUACGUAGCUCCCUUACAAAUGCAGAAGAUGAUACUUUUCAUGCUGCAAAGAGGCAGUAAGCCCUAUUAUUUGCGUAUCAGUAAUCUCUUUGUGGGAUCUUUGGAAGGUUUCGCAUCGAUUGGCGUGCUUUUAACUUCAAAAUGCACGGUGGACCUAGUUCUCAAAAUUCUUUUUACUUCAUUUCUCUUAACUACAUGCGUGAUAUAUUAUGCUUCGUUUUACGUCAACAGUGAAGAAGUGAAAUCUCUGAUCGAACAAAUUCAGCGUAACAAUGACGAAUUAAAAGACGAGAACGAAAUUGCUAUCAUGGAUGAAUACGGAAGCAAGACAAAAUGUUAUACUGUUAUAUUGACAGGCGUUGGUGUAAUCGCUACGAGUCUUAAUCUACUGCGAAUUUUUUUGAUAUUGUCAUCCAUUAGUCGAACAUUUGACAUUGAAGGACUCAUCAUACAAAUUACAAUCUUAUCUUAUCAGUACAUGUACAUGUUCAUGGUUAACAAUGUCGCGCAACAAGUCACAGAUCACAAUGAUCAUGUGUUCGCCAGCGUGUACGAGAUGCGGUGGUACGUAGCUCCCUUACAAAUGCAGAAGAUGGUACUUUUCAUGCUGCAAAGGGGCAGUAAGCCUUAUUAUUUGCGUCUCGGUAGUCUCUUUGUGGGAUCUUUGGAAGGUUUUACAUCGCUAAUGAGCGCCACGAUAUCUUACUUCACCGUUAUUUAUUCAACACGACAAUAG